AGUUGUUUUCUGCGGCGGGAAGUUGGAAACUGAACGAAUGUGUGUCAGCAGCAAAUAGGCUACCAACUUUCGGAAACAAAGGAUCUGGUAAAAUUUACAUUGUGUUCUAUGUCAUCAUUUCAGUGCCAACAUGAGCGACAGGAGCCUUCCCCAGCAGCUAAAGCGGUGGGCAAUAGAAGAAUUUAAAUUACAGCCGCACCAGCUCCCCCAUGACAGCUACUUCAAAACUUUGUGUCUUGGACAAGGAGCCUCUAUAUGGAAAUAUAUAACCCAGCAUAUUUACAAUCAGAGGAACGUGAAAGUCAUGCGUGGGAAUUUACAGUGGUUCAAGAUGCUGCAGGAUAAAGAGGUUGAAUGUGUAGAGGGGCAGAGUGAGGCAGCUCGGAGGGAAGAGCUUCAGAGGGAGAUUGAGGAUCUGAAAGCAGAGCUGGAUCAGCUGAACGGUCGGAUCAGUGUGGCCGAGACACAGCUGGCAGCUGACGAGCGGUCGCUGAGCGGGAGCUGGGCGGAGGACGAGGAGAGCCGGCGGAGGAGCGUGCUGCUGCAGGCGUUCCAGCGGCGCUGCGCGGAGGAGCGGCUCUCCCUGACCCAGCGGGGCCGCGGGAUCGGCGGGCACUCCCAGGCCCUGGGACAGCUCCGCAGGAAAGCGGAGGUGGAGCUGGUGUUCGGCGCUGUGCCCGACGACGGAGGCGACUCUCUGGGCCCCUCCGGUCCCGAGCCGCAGGUCCUGCGCGCAGUGAGAGAGCUGUGUGAGGAGAGGCUGCUUUUCUUCCUCUCGCUGCUGCAGAGCGAACUGAAGGCCGUGAACAGCACCGGCAAGCACUUGCCCCAGGAGCAGAGGGAAGUGGUGUUUCAGCACUGGCUCAGUGCUGUGGAGGACCUGAUCCGCUCUCACCCCCCCGGCCACAUUCUGUCCGCGCUGCUGCACCAGGCCUCCCGGACGCAGAGGUCGCUGCAGGAGAAGAUUUCCUCCCUGGAUGUGGAGCAAGAGAUGGCUGCCCUGCGAUUUCGCUAUGAGAACAAACAGCUUCAGGACAUCUCCAGGGAAGAAGAGGAACUGCCUUCAGUGAAGUCUCUUUUACAGAGGGGCUGGGAGGAAGAGGAGCGGGCUGCGGUGCAGCUGGCGCGGACUCGAGCCCGGGUUCGACAGCAGCGGGACCAGCUCGACGCCCUCCGCGAGCAAGUGCAGCUGGAAACGCCGGGGGGCGAUGCCCAGCUCGAACCCAUGGCCAGGGCGGUGUUUGAGCUGGAGCUGCAGUGUGUGGUGCAGGCCGCUCAGAGGGACAGUGUGCAGGAGCAGUGUGCGCAGCUGGGGCAGCUGGCCCAGGACAGACAGGAAGCCCUGCGCAGCCUGCGCAGCCAGUGGCACAGCAUCACGGCCUUCCGGGAGCUGGUGGCUAACAAGCAGGAGCAAAUCCGUUGGCUGAUCAAGGCCAACUCGAACGCCAAGAGUGAGCUUUCCCGUGUGCACAGCGAGGUUCGGCGCUUUGCGGAGGACGGGCUGGGGCCUCGGUGCGGGGCGGUGGCGGGGGCGGCCUCGGCGCUCCGGAACACUGUGUCGCAGGAGGUUCGGCUGACGGGCUCCGUCUCGCUGGCCGCCCUCGGUCGCAGGGUUACCGACGGUGUCCAGCGAGUCCCUGCUAAACAGCUGUCCAUCCACCGCCUGCACUGCCCCACCUUCCACAGCCUGUGUGAGAGCCUGGCCUUCCCCAUGUACAGGGCGCCGGAGCAGCUGACUGCGCAGACGGUGUCCCAGCAGCUGGAGCUGCGCUUCCUGCGUCGGCUGCUGCAGCUGCGCAGUCUCUCGCGCGCCACCCUGCAGAGGCAGCGGGCGCUCCUGCCCGCCCUGGACCAGAAGGCCCUCUUAGAGAAAGUGCGGGAGGCGGAGGAGGAGCUGCUGCGGACUCUGCUGCCCCGGGUUCGAGAGCUGCGGCGGCGUGCGGCCCAGGGCCUGCAGUACGGGGCACCAGUCACCAGCGCCAUCGCCCACUGGUGGGAGCAGCCUGCUCAGUUUGCUCUGCCUGAGCUGCAGAAGGGGGGUCUGACUCUGCAGAAAUGGCUGGAGAGGUGGAGACUAGCAGCCAAGGCCCUGGAGUGAACACAGGACCGCCAGCACAGACACAGACACAGACCAUCACUUCAUAUCACACAAAGCACAGGACCACCAGCACAGACACAGACACAGACCAUCACUUCAUAUCACACAAAGCACAGGACCACCAGCACAGACACAGACACAGACCAUCACCUCAUAUCACACAAAGCACAGGACCACCAGCACAGACACAAACACAGACCAUCACCUCAUAUCACACAAAGCACAGGACCACCAGCACAGACACAUAUAAUCACUUUAUAUCACUCAAAGCACAGGACCACCAGCACAGACACAGACACAGACCAUCACCUCAUAUCACUCAAAGCACAGGACCACCAGCACAGACACAGACACAGACACAGACCAUCACCUCAUAUCACUCAAAGCACAGGACCACCAGCACAGACACAGACACAGACCAUCACUUUAUAUCACUCAAAGCACAGGACCACCAGCACAGACACAGACACAUGCCUUCACUUCUUAUCACUCGUAGCUCAACAGAAGGCAGAUACUUUUAUUUAGCUAUUCCUCAAGUUUGUGAAUUUACUUUCUGAAGAUACGUAGUGAAAUAACAUACUACUUCCAUUUCUGUUUUACGAAGUCUUUCUUUGUAACCCUUGCCGUCUGCAAAAUAUUCUUUCUGUAUUUUUCUUUGAGAAUAAGGUCCGUUCUGUGUGUGUAAUAGUAAUUUGGAUGAGAUGUUUCGUACUAAAGACUAUGCAUUAUAAUUUUUUCUGAAUAUGUGAGCUGCUGUUGCUACAGCGAUAAUGCUGCUGAUGGAACUGAACCCAGCAUGCUGUUCACUUCAUCUGCUCUGACUCACUGUUCUGGAAGUAUGUCUGAGUAAGUUAUGCUGUCAAAUAAAGACUAAUUAAUUCACUGAAGAUAACUUGCUUGUAGUUGAGCUACGGCAAUUUGCAUGGGAUUUGUUCAGAAAUGUUUUUAUUCGUUCAUGAAUUUAUUUGUUCAUAUGCGUUUAAUGAACAAAAUUGACUCUUCCUUCUUACUGGGAAUUUGGGGGAAAACAAAAAAAAAUGUAUUCUCUAUCGGACUGGAUUCACAGCAAAAACCUAUCCACACACACACACCACGCACGCACACGCACGCACGCACAUACACACUU